AUGUGUCUACCAAGGGUUCAAAAGAUUGAUAGAACUGAGCUAUCUAGAAGGAUUAAUGAAACCUUGGUGUAUAUUCCCGAUAUAGACUUUGAACCGAAGUACUUGGUAAAAAGGCUAUGUUCAUCUGAAUAUGAGGUGAAUUACAUUGUGAUGAUUAAGAGUAUAUUGAUCUACCUUGAUUUCUGUGAUGGCAAUUAUAACCUUGCGUUUCAUGGAUUUCGAUGGAUAUUACAAUUUAUUCAUGAACUGAGAAAGUACUCCCAGCUCAUCAACUCUCACAUUAUAGGUUCGUUACACUAUGAGCGAUCACUUUCGCUUUAUGCAUUGAAAUCACUACUACUUGAUCCUCAAGCGCACAAGAAACAGAAAACUAAUAUGGUUAGGGUGAGAAAUAGCAGGUUGGACCUUAUAGAAGGACUUCUUACAAACAUAUUAGAGUGCACUUUUUCUUACGAUAUGAUAUAUAGAUCAUUCAACGAACAACAUAUGAUCAGUCAACUAUUUUUUAAUUUUGGAGAAACCUAUGAAACCAUGGCAAUUUUGACUGGCACCGUUACUCCGUUCCAAUAUGCUCCAAAUCUACCUGAUUGUGCGAUUAGGCCACAGAGACAACAUUUAAAUUCAAUGGUAAGAAAGUAUAUUUUAGCAGCAACUUUGUCCCUUCAAGGUGAUGAAAUUACCAUGAUCGUAGCGUUGCAAAAGAUUUUGACAGGAAUGCUAUUAUAUGGCGGAGUUAACAUAUCUCAUCUUUACUUCUUUUAUGAGGCUUUGCGUCAUAUCACCGUUCAUGCAACGAAAACUGGCGAAACUAAUUUAAAAGGAAUAAAAUAUGCUAAUUCAGCCAUAACCAGACAUAGCAUUACUCUAAUUAAACAAAUUAUUAUGCUUUGGGAAAAGUCAAAUAAUAAAAAUUCCUCUUGUCCCAUGGUACUAGUAAAAUCGACUAAUGAAAUAGUUUUAGUGGACAAAGCCACCAAGAAUGAACCUCAGAAACAGGAAACUCAUUGCUACAGUUUAUUUAUUUCCUCUCUUAAGCUGAAAGCUGUGCAUAAAACAAGUAAUUCUGAAUUUGAAAUUGAUGACUCUGUACACCAAGAGAGCCUACAAUUAAUAAAGUUCUGGGAGCAGUGCUACAAAGAGCAUAAAGGCCGCCUACCGGAAAAUCUAGCUCACUUACUAAAUGCACUAUGA